UCUACUUCCUGUCUUCCGUAACUUUAUUGUACACAACACAGAAUUUGAGCGAUCGCGCCAGCGGCUCCUCUCACCCGAUGAACACAAAGCUACCCAGGACUGGCCAUGACUCAGCAGGAGCAGCAGGAGUUCACAGACAACCUGGAGGCAGCCCUCUCCUGGAUGCGAGCCAUCCAGGAGAGGCUGAAGGCCAACGACAACACGCAAGGCCCCCGCGACAUCCUGGAGGCCAGGCUUAGGGAGACAGAGGAGAUCCGGCAGUCAGAGGAUGAAGGCCGAGUGAAGAUGGACAGGGUGCUGGUGGCUGCGGAGAACCUUUUGCAGGGUGGAGAUGAACAGCUGAAGAGCCGCACCCACACUCAGCUCAAAGACUUGAAGAGCCUGUGGGAUGAGACCUGCACCUACAUCACCCACUGUCACAGUCGCAUAGAGUGGGUGUGGCUGCACUGGACCGAGUACCUGAAGGCCUACGAGGACUUUGAGCUGUGGUUGGCAAAGCAGCGACGAAGCCUUGAUGUUGACCUGGAGCUGCAGCUUGGAGUAAAAGAGAAGCUUUGGCAGGUGGACCAGCAGAGGGUGGCGGUGAGCGAUAUCCAUGGCCAGGCAGUACUGCUGGAGAGGCUGCUGGAUGAGGCAGCUGCACUGCACAGCAGAACCCAGGACCCCAGUGUGAAUCCACAGGCCCAGGAGGGACUGCAGGAGGCCUACCAGGAUGUCAGAGACAGAGCUGAGGAACGUCUUUCACUGCUUCAGAGGAUCUCUGAGGAGCACCAGAUGUACCAAGACUGUGUUCAGAGGUUCCAGUCCUGGCUGCUGUCAAAAACCAAGGAGCUGACUGAACUGAUGGAGACGAAUGAUACGGCCGAGAACAAGCUUAAAGCAAUUCAAGCUCUGGAUGACAGUGUAGCCUGUGAGGAGAAAACCCUGCAGCAUAUUGAAGGUAUGGUGGAAAGUCUCAGGCCCUACACCUCUCCUGGGGGAGUGGAAGUAGUGGUAGAAGAGGCAGAGGAGCUGAGGCUGGGUUGGCAGAGACUGAGGCAGGGCCUGUGUGAGGCAGAUGAAGGCCUCCAUUCCAGUCUGGACUCUCACAGCCAGUAUACAGCCCGGUGCCAGCGGCUGGGAGAAGAUAUUGGCCGCCUCAGAGACCUGCUGAAAGGGCUGGACCAGGAACUGGAGGAGACCCAGGAAUCCAGGGAGCACACUGACCACACUGAAGAGCAAAUGGUUGGCGAGUGGAGGACAUACACGGAUGUGAGGAAGACUCUAGCAGGGGAGGAAUCCCAGGUGGAACUGCUCAAGGCUCAGCUCAAGGAGCUCUUCAGGUUCUCAGAGGACUCACGCCACCUUUCUAAUGAUGUCCUGGCCGUCAUUAAAGAACAUCAGAGUGUGAAAUGUCGAGCAACUAGACUGUGUUCAGAGUCUGAGUCGGGACUGAGAAACAUCUUACAAGACCCACUGCUGGUCUACGCCCAGUGGAGACACAUGGUCUCUCAGGUGUUGGAAGCUUCUGCUGAGGUCACAGACUUCUCCCAUGUUGCCAUGUUAGUCCAGAACAUUGAGUGUCUCCUGAAGGAAAGUGCCCAACUGCAGGAGCGUUUCAGUCUGCUGCAGGUGAAAGGGACCCUGCUGGACUCUGUAUUUGGUCCUGAGAGGUCUGAUGGGCUGCAAAGUGAGUUGAGCACUGCCAUCAGGAACAGAGAGCUGCUGCACGCUCAGCUACAGCAGAGGAAGAGCAGGCUACAGGGAUUCAUUUCAAGAACCAAGGACUUUGGUGACACCUAUGAGCUGAUUCGCUCAAAGCUGGACAGCUUCAGAGACCGACUAAUGGCAGCGGACCGUCUACAGCCUGACAUUCUUGCCAAAAAAAGCCAGUCAGACCAGUUUGGGGUCAUCCUGAAGGACAUAGAGGAAUGUGAAGCCCAGAUCAUGGCACUAGAGACUCUGGUCUCCUCCAGUCAGACCAACAGGAUUCAGUUUGACAAACUCCAAGAUGAAUGGAAACAGCUGCACACUGCAGUGAAGACAAAAGUGCAUCAGAGUGAGGAGAGCAUUGAAGAACAUGAGAGCUUCCACGAGAGCUUGCUUAACAUCGAGAAGUGGCUGAUGAUCAUGAAGCAGAAGCUGAUGGCCUUCCACAGUCCGUCAGGAGAGUGGAGCAUCGAGGGCCGCCGGCUGGAAGCUGAGAGAGCACUGGGAGAGUUCCCAGAGAAGGAGCUCCAGCUGCAGCAGGUUGAUGUCCAGAGUCAGGAAGUUUUAAAGAAGACUUCUGCAGAGGGGCAGGUCCAUAUUCUCCGAGAUAUGAAGUGCCUAAAAGACUCUUGGUCGGCCCUGUACGAGAUGAGUCUUAAUCUGCACAGGUUGCUCAACAGCUCCAAAGAGGAGGGAGAGUCCGACUUUCCCAAGGUGUGCUCGUCUGGCUCUGUGCAUGGAGGAAACAUGGAGGGAGUUACAGGAGAGGAGGCAGGGUGGAUCCAGGGCCAUGGUGAAGGUUUCCACAUAUCGGCUGGGCCAGUUAAACAUUUUAUUUCAUCAACAGUCAAGGAAAGUGAGCUGUCCUUCAAGGGAGAUGAAGUGGAUUUCUCUGACGGCCAGGGAGUCUCCAAAGACUCGACUACUCAAAGCCCUUACACUACCACAGGGGGUAACAGCAGUGUCUGGUCUGCAGACAAAGAGGAGGCAGCAUUAUUCACACAGGCCAGCUGUGCUCCGAAAGGAAGAAUUCACUCUGGAGAAGUCAACAUGGAUCCAGGAGGAGGCCUGAGCUCAGGAGAAGGAGGAGGAGAAUUCAGAAGGGUCUCUGCACCAUCAGGAACACCGGUUCAGUACUCAGUGGGGAGCCAAGGACACAGCGAAUCCAGGAGGAAAGAGUUUGAGGCUUGGUUGUUCAAACAGAAUGAACUCCUCUCAGACAUUCUCAGCUCCAAAGAAGCAGCAAACGAUGCCAGUGAAGUCAAGCUCAAGCACGACACCCUCGAGGCUCUGAGAGCUGGAGUGUCCUGGGGUCAGGAGCAGUUUCAGCUGUUGCUCCAGGAUAGUCAGGACAGUGGUACUGGACCAAGGGAAGAUGUUGGUCUGGAGGAACUCCGCUACCGCUGGAUGCUCUACAAGUCUAAGCUGAAGGAUGUCACAGGUGUCGGGGCCAGGACCAGGGCCAGGGCCAAGAGAGUCACAGCCACACAGGAGGAUGCAGCCACUGCAGCACCUGUUCAAAAGCAGAAACCUGGAUUGCUGCAGCGGGUGUGUCGGCUGGCACUUCCUCUGUGGCUCCUCUUCCUCGCUCUGCUGCUCCUGGCCUUCCUGCUGCCCCUCAUGGAUGAAGGCAACAGCUGCUCUCUCUCCAACAACUUUGCCCGAUCCUUCAACAUCAUGCUCCGCUAUGAAGGACCUCCACCAACAUAGAAAACUUCCUCUGACCACACAAAAUACUGUAACAUCUGAACUCUCUGCAUACACCAACUUGUGUUUCCAUGAUGGUCCACGCAUUAUGUAGGAAAUGUUGACUUGAUUACCUAAGAUACCACAUUCCUCUGCAAGUGAAGUUCAUGUGUAACAGACCACAAACUAGACUACACAACCUUCAGGUCAAUCUAAAGUCUACAGUCCAUAUCUGCAGCAAAUUUAGUCUGUAAGGAAACCACAGCCUAAAGCAACAUUUGCAAACACGUCCCACAAACACGUCCCACAAACACGUCCCACAAACACGUCCCACAUUGUGCUCUGCAUGGUCAAAUGUCAGCUCUUCUAAAAUUCAUUGCUAUAUGAAACUGUCAUCUAUUAACCAUGUGUAAGACAGCCAAGGAUUAUAGGAAAUUCCACAGCAGUCAUUGUUAAU